CUUCCGCCAGGCACCUUUGCGGCGCCCUGAACGAGGUCCGCCGAGGCCAGGACGCUGACGCCGCUGGAGGAAGCUGAGCUCGCCGGCUGAGGGAGACUAGAAGGAAGAAGAUGCAAGCCAGCCCCAUCCGCAUUCCAACCGUCAGCAAUGACACCGACUGGGACUUCUGCUUCCACUUGUCACAGCAAGCCAAGAAGCCAGCAUACCAGCAAAGAGAUGAACUGUAUUCAUCUAGCGGGUCUGGAGAGAGUGAAGAAGACACUAAGGCCACGGAGGAGAUGGCCGUAGGCUGCAUGUCUCUUCCUGAAGACAAAUUGGCCCAAUCCCAGAAGAAAAUAGCUCAGCUGAUGAAGAAAAAAAUGAAUAUCCAAGCAAACAAGGAGCUGAUUCGCUGUGUCAUCCUUUCUCGGAUUAUUUUUGGGGAAGAACACUGGAAAUGUGCACAGGCUCUGGCCAGCCUGGCUUAUGGCUACCUGACACUGAGAGGCCUCCCAGCUCAGGCCAAGAAACAUGCUGAAUCUGCCAGGAGCACGCUGCUGACCUGGAAGGAAAACACGACCUCAAACACGGAGAAAAAGGAAAUCCUGGAAGCUCUGGUCAUGCUGUACUACACCGUGGGGGUGGCCUGGCUCCUACAGAACCAUGGCAGAGAGGCUUAUUUCAACCUGCAGAAGGCAGAGAGAAACAUGAAGGAGCUGAAAGAAUUAUGUGAGGGAAGUGUUCACAGAUUACAAGUCUCGGAGAAAGACCUGACAAUUGCUUUGGGCAGAGCCUCCUUGGCCAUCCACAGAUUGAACCUUGCUCUGGCAUACUUUGAAAAGGCAAUUGACAAUGUUAUUGCUGCUAAGGGUGAUAGGACAUCAGAUCUGGUCAGUCUGUACGAGGAGAUCGCGCAGAUCGAGCAGCUGAGGAGGAACCAUGAUCAGGCCAUCCAGUACUUGCAGCAGGCCUAUUCUAUCUGUGUCUGUUUGUUCACUGACGUCAGCCCCCAAACUGCAGAGGCAAGUGCGUUACUAGCCAAGGCUCAUGCCCUGUCUGGAGAGGCCCAACACAGGGACGCUGUGGAGAUAUAUUUUAUAAAAAGUAUCAGUGCAUAUCAAGCAACAUUGGGCCCAACGGAUUAUGAAACACUGACAACCAUUGAAGAAUUUUGCAAAUGGCUUGUCCAAAAUGGAGAAAAACAGGAAGCUUACAGACUGCUAAAGGCCUCACUGAAGUCUCAGGUCAUCAGCUAUGGUGAUUGUAGUGAAAAAGUGGCUGAAACUUUUUACAACAUGGGCAGGAUCUGCUUUGCCAAAGGAGACCUCAGAAAGGCGAUUCAGCUGCUAAGGAAGUGUCUGAUGAUUCAAAUCCUUUUAUAUGGAAGAGACCACAGUAAAAGCAGAGACACAAAAGACCUCCUUACCCUAAUGCAGAGGGCAAGUAGCCAUUCAUCCAGGUGGAGAAGAGAAACCAUUCCAGGACGAAGGCACUGUAUAUGCAAAGGCACCAAGGCAUGACAGAGGAGAGUGUAUCAAAGCAAUGGUCUUCUGUUAUCAGUAAAGAGAAAACCUCUAUACUGGAUAGCCAACAAUAAAGCCAACCUUGUUGAUAACAAAAAUUCUGGAUCACAAGAUAUAUUUAUCAACACUGAUAACAAUGGCAGAUCAAAAGCAGAACUAAGAACUCUAAGCGGGGGAGAAAGUCUACUUAGCAGCAGCAUUACAGAUAAAAAUACUCAAGAGCCAUUAGAAAGCAGGAUUCGGA